AUGCACCGCUUCGGGCAGAACCCGAACGUAGACGAUUAUGCAGAGCAUAUCACAAGAUUGCUGCGAAAGCCGAAACCGGUAGCACGAGUGGUGGCAGCGAUGGACACUGUUGGCGCUGCGCCCGACGAGAAACUUGUCUGUACCAUCAUGAUUGCUCAAGCUCGGACAGGAGGGUUAUAUGCCUUGCGAGGGGCGCUGCUAAAGUACUGGGGAAUCACAAUUAACGAGAACGAAUACACGGGAGAAGUUGAAGUCGGGGGUGGGCGAUCAUUACCGCCUGAUUCGCCCCUAGUACCAUCAGAUCGUCUUCUCGACGCUGUUGUUCAUGGCUUCUGCUGCAAUGCAGAGGUUGCCAUGGCCCUUAAGCUCGUGGACUUCAUCUCCACGAGGUAUGGGCUUCAUGUGCGAGACGAAACGUGGUCAUCCUUGCUCGAGUGGACCCAUAUCCUCGCCUCGAAACAAGUGGCUUGGGAGUGGAAGAUUGCUAACUUCCCCCAAAAGGUUGUCAGCGGGAAGGCAGUUCGACUUGUAUGGGACACGAUGGUUAAGGAACCGUACAACUUCAAACCGGGCAUCAAAGAGUACAACAUCCUGCUCCAGGAGCUCAUCGCACAGGGUCAAUUGGUUCGAGUAAUGGACCUCAUGAGAGAACUCCGGUAUUUCUACGACGAUGCCGUCCAGGAGAACGAGAACGCGCUAUUUGAACUCGUUCAAACGCUGGGUCAACAGGUGGAAGCAACCGCGGCCAUGCAACGCUAUCGCAUAGCUCAAUCACAGAAAGCCUACACAUGGCAUUGCUUCAACACAUGGUGCAGGAGAUUGCUCAAACGCGUUCGGGGCAGGGGAUACGAUGAUGAGUUGAUUGUGCGGAUUCUGCCACAAUUCAUCGAUGAGUUCGGGCAAUUCAUGCCUCCCAAACUCUCGUACCGCACAGCGACGGGCUACGUAGACAUCAAAGUCGAGAACCCAGCCACAAGCAUUCCCAAAACACGACAGUCGGUCGAGUUGCCUGCUCAAGGCUUCCGCCAAGAGGAGGGCGUCCCCUUGUCAGCUUUCCCUUGGAUCGCACAACAGAGGUCCUACCUUGCUCGUCUUGCGCGUAGAAGAGCCACGAGGGUCCCACGGCCGGAAGUGCGUGCUCCUGAACGUCUGAGCGUCGAUGGCAGGCUUCCGGCAAGGUGGCUGGAGCGGGAACUGACUUGA